AUGGAGUUUAUUAAUGCUGAGCUGAAAUGCGUCGAGGAAGCAUCUCACCAACUAGCUGGAAAAUGCAACUGUUCAAUUAAAAUAAUAUACGGAUUGCCUUGCAAGCAUGAUCUUGCACAUUAUCGGUUCCUUUCCAUUCCAAUUCCAAUACAGAGUAUCAACGCUCAUUGGAGAAGGUUGUCUAUGAACGGUCAUGAAUACCAUGACGACGGAGCACGAGCUAACAGGACAUCUAAAGUUGUUGAGAUAUUAGAUGGGAUGGAUCCACAAAUGCGAGAGCAAAUGAUAGAUCGGGCCACUGAAACGAAUGCAACGUCUCGAAAGAGAGGACGUGGGAGGGGGUCGGGGGUUCGCAAUACUCUGUCGACCCAUGAUCACCCUCCCGUUUCACCCUUCCGUGAUACCUACAUUGAGAAAUUACCUACGGUUGUGCAGCCUUAUAUUUCUCAUAUUGUUGACGUUGAACCUGACGGUCACUGUGGAUUUAGGGCGAUAGCCGCACUAAUCGGGUAUGGUGAAGAAUGUUGGAUUCAAGUACGAUACGAUCUUAUGGAGGAGAUUCUACAAAAUAAGCGUCAAUAUGAUCAACUUUAUCCAGAUCGGGAAAUGGCAGAUAAUCUAUUAGUUUUAUUAAAAUAUUUCGAGCAACCGACACCUGAGAGGCAUUGGAUGGACUGUAUGACUUUAGGAAUUGUCAUCGCAUCAAGAUACAACCUUGUACUACAUACAUUUGGUGAGAAUAAUUGUAGUUGUUUUACUCACUUACCAUUAAGGUCCCCUCCAGUUCCAGACCUAGAGCGCCGAGAAAUAGCUAUCGCCCUUGUUGGCCAACACUUCGUGCAAGUUUUUUUACACCCUCAUUAUCCUGUACCACCCUUUCCAAUGUGGUGGUGUAAUCAUUCAUCUGACGAAGCUAAAGGAUGGGCAACUAGUUAUAUAACACGUGCUAAUUUGUGGUACGAAAUAACGGGUACAGGACCUAACGGCGGUGCUGAAUUUGGAGGAAAUAUCGAUUAG